UGGGUAAUAUAUAUCCCAACUGUUCUAUACAUUGAAGGGAAAGGGUGGUCUACCCAAAAUUUGUAAAGAGAGAUGGCUAGCCUUGGCAGUACAUGUUCUUCUGGGUUGGUUUUCAACAAUAAAGACUCAUCAAGAAAUGGAGUUUCCGUUUGCCAAUACAAUGGGCUUAAACCGGUUCAAACCACCCAAUUGAGAUUGGGUUCAGCAGCCUCUAAGCCAAAAGGUCCAAGAUGCAGGAGAAUCAGGGCCAUGGCAUCUCCAAAUGUUUCGGCUCCCAAGCGAGAAACAGACCCCAAGAAAAGGAUUGUCAUAACUGGAAUGGGCCUUGCUUCUGUGUUUGGCAGUGAUGUUGAUAAAUUCUAUGAGUGUCUUCUUGAGGGACAGAGUGGAAUCAGUUUAAUAGACAGAUUUGAUGUUUCGAGUUACUCUGUUCGGUUCGGGGGACAGAUACGAGACUUCUCCACUGAGGGCUAUGUAGAUGGAAAGAAUGAUCGUCGUCUCGAUGACUGCUGGAGAUACUGUCUGGUUGCUGGGAAGAGGGCCCUUAAUGAUGCAAAUCUCAGCCAACAAGUUCUUGAUACUAUGGACAAAUCCAAGAUUGGCGUUUUGGUUGGAUCGGGAUUGGGAGGAAUGACAGCUAUCAGCAAUGCCAUUGAGGCCCUAGUUCAAAAAGGAUACAAGAAAAUAAGCCCCUUUUUCAUUCCUUACGCGAUUACCAACAUGGGUUCGGCUUUGUUGGCUAUAGACACUGGUUUAAUGGGUCCAAAUUACUCGAUUUCAACAGCUUGUGCAACUGCAAAUUACUGCUUCUAUGCUGCUGCAAAUCACAUCAGAAGGGGUGAAGCGAAUAUCAUGGUGGCUGGAGGGACUGAAGCGGGUGUCAUGCCUGCUGGGGUGGGUGGCUUCAUAGCUUGCCGUGCCUUGUCUCAGAGAAACGACGAACCAGAAAAGGCUUCAAGGCCAUGGGAUAAAAACCGGGAUGGCUUUGUCAUUGGCGAAGGCUCUGGUGUACUGGUUAUGGAAAGCUUAGAGCACGCAAUGAAACGAGGCGCCAAUAUCAUUGCAGAGUACUUGGGGGGCGCUGUCACCUGUGAUGCUCAUCACAUGACUGAUCCCCGAUCAGAUGGGCUUGGCGUUUCGUCCUGCAUAAUCAAGAGCCUGCAGGACGCUGGCGUUUCUCCUGAAGAGGUGAACUACAUUAAUGCUCAUGCAACAUCAACUCUUGCUGGAGAUUUGGCUGAGGUUAAUGCUAUCAAGACAGUCUUCAAGGAUACAAGUGAAGUUAAAAUGAAUGGAACCAAGUCUAUGAUUGGGCAUGGACUCGGGGCUGCUGGCGGGCUGGAAGCCGUUGCAACAAUCAAAGCAAUCACGACAGGCUGGCUACAUCCUACUAUUAACCAAUAUGACUUGGAGCCUGAGGUUACUAUUGACACUGUCCCAAAUGUCAAGAAACAGCAUGAAGUUAAUGUUGCUAUCUCCAACUCAUUUGGCUUUGGUGGGCAUAAUUCAGUUGUCGUGUUCGCGCCUUUCAAGCCCUAAACAGAUUCAAGGGAAAUCACUCUUAGUCUUGUGCCAUUUGUUAUUCCUCUACAUCAGAAACUCUAUGUCAGUUCACUUAGAAUCUUACCUCGGAUGCAACAAUUUUCUGAAAUAUUGAGGUUUGGGGAACAUUGUCCCUUGUACACUCUUUCAGACUAGGACCAAAUUAAAAUAAUGUUGUUUAUGCAACUUCUCAACGAGCUAGAAAUACCAAUCCUGUCAAACAAUUCUUCUGUAAUCUGUAAUUCAUCUUUUGUGAUUACUACUCUUCAAUAAACAGUUUGGUCUUUGGCUC